AUGAAGAGUUUUGAGGAGGCAGCAGCAGAAAAGGGCUUGGCAAGCCACACAGGGCCUGUGGGCUGCACUGUGUUCACCAAUCCUAUUUAUCAAGAACCCAAAGAUGAGAUCUUCCAGAUGUGGCAGAUGGGCCUCAGAGGCGCUGCUGCUGCUGCUGCUGCUGCCAGACCCCUCUCCCUCGGACUCCAGGCGGCUCAGUUGGGCCGCCACUCGGGGCCCGGAGGGAGGGAGGGAGGGAGGCGGGCUCCUGUCCUGUCCCCCGGAGGGGCCUGGGGGGCUGGGCGGAGGCGGGGCAGCCUGGGCCGGAGUCCGGGGGGGAGCCCAGAAGAGCCGGGCUGCCGGUGGCGUCGGAGGCGUCGGCGUCGGCAGAGGAUGUGGCGCCCUUCUCCUUCUUCCUUGGGGCGCCGUCGGGAGUGGCUCCCCAGCGCCCUGGCGCUGCACUUCGGGGGCCUGGGGGCGGAGGGGAACGAGGUGGCGGUGCUGGCGACGGGGCUGGACCAGUACCUGCAGGAGCUCUUCCACCACCUGGACGCCCCGGGCACAGGCGCCCUCCCCCGGCAGGACUUCCAGGCCCUCUGCCGGGUGCUGGGCCUCCCCGACGGGGAGCAGGAAGAAGGCGAGGAAGAGGAGGAAGGCCGGGGCCUGUGCCGAGGGCUCCCCGCGGAGCUGACCUUCCGCCAGUUCCACGCCCGGCUCUGCGGCUACUUUGGCGCCCACCAGGAGAAGGCCGAGGGGGGCCCCGGGGGGAGCCUGGCCCGGAUGCCGCUGGGGCCCGAGACGGAGCACAUCCAGGCCCAGAUCCGGCUCCGCAGCCCCCUCCGACGACGCCGGCGCCACCAUCGCCGGGAGAAGGAGGCUCCGCGCCCAGGGGGGCAGCCGGCAGCCGGGCCAGCCUCCUCCCCCUGCUGCCCGAGCCGGGAGUGCUACGAGGAGGUGGUGGCGCUGGAGCAGGCCGAGGACCGCAUCCUGAGGCUGGAGGACGAGAACGCCAGCCUCCGCGAGCUGGUCGAGGACAUGCGCGCCGCCCUCCAGAGCAGCGACGCCCGAGCCCUCGCCCUCCAGGUGGGAUUAUGGAAGAUCCAUUCUAGCCAUAAGAAAAAUGGAACCUGUUUUAUAGGCAACCGAAGAGAAUUAACUAACACCCAGUCCCAGACUUCCAAGUGCCUUCAGAGUGUUCUAAAAGAGCUUGAACUAGUCCGGAGUUCCAGGGAUGGACAAAUUGAAGAAGCCAUUAAGUUUAAUCAACAACUGGAAAAAGAACUGAGGAAUUCUCGUGAAGCCCUUGUUGCCCUAGAAGACUGCAAUCGCACCCUAAAGAGGGAACAAGCAGAAAUGAGGAAGAAGGUUGAAGAAGCAAGAUAUGCAGUCCUUAACAGCCUUGAAAAAGUAAAGGAGCUAGAAGCCAAAGCCCAGAAAGUGCCACAGUUGCAGACAUAUAUCCAGCAGCUAGAAUCAGAACUACAGUAUUAUAGGUCCGAGGUCUUAAAGCUCCAGGUUCCUUCACAGGGAAGCCCAGAGAAAAAAACAAAUGCAGCAAUUGAUGUGCUUUCAGUUGUACAGCAAAAUCGAAGUUCACCAACUGGUGGUGCAGGAAUAUCAGAGAAUGUGGAAGAGCAGAUGUUUCGUUCCGUGGAAGGCCAGGCUGCAUCUGAUGAAGAGGAAGAGAAGUGGACAGGAGACCAACAGUGCCAACUUGCUGAAGUGAAGAAACUCUUAGCCAGACUUCCCUGUUGCAGUAAUAGAUAUGAUGACACAGUGAUGAAGAAACUUGGAAAUAUCAGCAAGGAAUGUCACGAGAACAGCAUUGUGGAACUAGUUAAGCAGCUGUCGGUGUUAACAGAACAGCUUGAGAUAAAAGGGCAGGAAGUAAAAACACUGGAAACAAAUAUGGAAAAGAACAUAUCUAAGCGUGCCUUGGGAAAAAUCUUACUGAGCACUUUGGAAUCCUGCUGUGACCCACAACAUGGAAAACCACAUAUUGCUGAAAUCUUAGAUACCCUCUGCCAUAAGCUGACUACCUGUGAACUCAUUCAAAACAACCCUCUUGAAAAAACUCCAGGACAUCAAUCUUUGGCUAACCCUUUGGUUAUUUCCUGUUGAUCAACAGUGCAUCCAACAGUGUGCUGUGAUAAUUACUGUCAAAUGCUUGUAAGAUUCAAUGCAAAAGCAAAGGAUGCCCUCCCAACUGCAGACUAGUCAAAUUCACAAGCAGAGACAGUUGAAGAAUUAUAAGGAGCCAUUUCAUAUCGUCAGACGAAUGAACACAGUGAAGCCCAAUACUGACUACUCUGAUUGGUAGCACAUCUUGCAAUCAUCUCUCUAAGUGCAGAUUUUCCUUAUCCCUCUACAAGGAGCCCUAUUCAAUGGAAAAUGCUUGGAAUUCAUACUUCACACUGUCUGUACACUAAUUCUGAAUCCUAGUGUUACACACAUUUUCUGAGCAAAACCUAUCCAGGACAUUAGCCACUCUCCAUGAGAAUUAUUUAAUAAGUGAUAUGCAGGGCCUCCAUUUUAUUAGUAUCAGAGAUAUAACCAUCCAUUAUAUGAAAAAUAUUCUGCAGCUAAUGAUGUAGAACAUUGUGCCCCUGAUUGGAAUUGGAGAUAUUCAUUUGCAUUUUCCAAAUUACCUGUUUUAAUACAGUAGCUUGUUUUCCCUUGUGCAUUUGGCUGGUAGGCAAAAAUGUGAUCUUAAUGUACAAAUGGAAAACUUCCAUUUCAAUUUAAAAAAUAGACUGAGGUUACUUAUAAUUUACAGUGGGAUAGGAAGACUUAAAGCUUGCAGAAUGUACUUUCUUCUAUACUUGAAACCCAAAAUCCACCCACAAAGUAGUAUUCAGAGGGGAGAUCAUACAUAUAGAAUAAAAGAACAGGAUGUUUUUCUUCUUCAAUAAAUAAACCAGUUUCUAGUUCCCUUAAUUUUCUUCCUUUUUAGCAGGCUGUUUUAGGGUAUGAGGAGAUCCUUAUUCUUGUUGUACUAUUUAAAAAAAACAUUAAGGAAAUCCUUCCUAAGCUAUUCAGACAUCUGCCAGUAGAUCCCAUUCUCCCUUCUGCCCAGCCAGGAAAAGCUGAACUCCAGAGCCCCACAGUCUAAAGUGCUCCAAAUGCUUUCCUGGAUGGCAGCAAGUGACUGGCAGAUGCCUCAUCAUCACUACCUGGGCCAGCAUUUUGGAACUUGUCAGAGCCAAUGAUGUGGGCAGGAGCUGGAAGUGGGAAUUCUCUCCAGUUGCAGCUCCAGGCAUUUCUGCCUGCAACCCAGGCUGCACUGUCAAGGGUUGUGAGGAGUUGUAGUUCAACAACAUCUUAACAUAUAUUGGAAAUAUAGAAGCCAUUGUAAAACUUAAAAGAGUGGUGGGAUAAAGAGAAGGGAAAUAUUAGUUGAAUGCAUUAUAGCUGAAGUAAUGCACAUGUCAGUCUGAAGUUCUUCCCAUAAGAGCAUGGAGUCUUUAAUCAGCUGUACUGCUCUGACCAUAUUUGCCUUACAGCAAUCUGUAAAGUUUCACUGCCUAAGAUUUGUGUGUGCUAGAAAAGAUAUAUGUUUGUAUUGUAUAUGUAUGUGCGUUUAGUAUUUAACUCUAGAAUUAUGUUUGCAUUUCUGUCCAACUGGACAUUUUAUUUAAAAUUACAGUUAUUUUACAAAUGUACUUAUGCAUUUAUAGUAACUUCUAACUGCUGUCUUUAAUUACCAUAGAUUUUAGAUUGCUUUAUUACAGUUUUUAUUCAGACCUUGGAAGUUUACUUUUUAAAAAGAAAUUAAUUCAUUGCCAACAUGAUAACUAACUCAUUGCAUUACUCUUUGUUUUUCUUUUACCUUGUGUUACUUUUUUAAAAAUAGGACUCAUAAGAGAAUGGUAUAAUGCCUGAAAAUUCCUGUCAAAAUGCCUCAAAAAUGCCCUUUAAAGGUAAUUUUCAGAAGUGGAUUAAAAGCAAUAUACAACACACCAAUAAAGU